UUGGGAACAAGAUUCCACGUUGGUCAACUUAGGAAUGAGUGUUAACAGGUAUGAUUAAAAUAUCACAAAAUAUGUCAUGUACGGAAAAAGGACUUGACCGCGGAACACACAUUAGAGCCCACAAUGUCCUAAUAAGUCUGAAAGAAAGAUAUCGUGAAGCCAUCAAAACUAGGAGCUUUAGCCGCACCAAUAUUGAACAACGAUUUUUUCAUUUCCAUCACUAUAACCAGUGCUAAGAAGGAAUCAUUCAUCGCACGAAAAAACUUAGCUCGAUUGGGAGACCAUCAACCCCUUGAUCAACAUCGAAGGCCGCAAUUUGGGACGAAAAUAGACUAGAGUAGUGGCGAAUCGCCUCCAAACCUUUGUCCAUUUCAUCCUCAAGUAUCCGGCCCGCCGGAUCCCGCAGAGAGGAAACAAAAUUUCUGAACCGCCUAGCCUGAUUUACUCGGUGAAAGUACCCGGAAUUACGAUGUCCUACACAGAGCCACUGAACACGAGAGUGUUGCCGCCAAUAAGAUUCCUCUCACAUGCAAUAGAUAGGUCUCGUUGAAGAAUCCGAAUAGCAUCCCAGUCAGGAUCCAGUUCGGCCCGGUUCCCUCGUAUAGUCAAGGAAAGAUCGUUAAUUCGACGACGUGAAUUUGAGCACCCAUCCAAGGAUCAUUGAAAUAAAGCAAAUCGGGUCCUUUUUAAAAUAGUAAGUAUCGAGGCAGAACAUUGGUGACCCUGUUACUGGGAGAUUCCACAAAAACUCAACAAGAAGCCUGACCUCAGGGUUCUCGACCCAACUAGGGGUGGCUAUACGGUCCGGUCCGGUUAAAUUGGCCCAAAUUGAUCCGGUCCAGUCCGGUCUUUUUGAAAAUAUAAGGACCGAAGAUUGGAUUGGAUACAGUCCGGUCUUGAUCCAGUCCGGUCCCAAUUCGGUCUUGAUUUUACAUUGAGAUUGUGGGAUUUGAGUGGCCUAAGGCCUUAAAGGGUGAGGAGUUGGUUAAGUUUUGUACUAAGUGCAAAUGUUUGUGACCGUUUAUGCAAAUUACCCUUAAGUUUUGGGUGUUGAGCUCUCUUAUCCGGUCUUUAUCCGGUUUUUUACCUCAAAUCUAAGCCCAAAGAUUGGAUUGGAUUGUUUACUAUCCGGUCCCGGUCCGGUCUCGGUCCGGGUUAUACGGUCUGGUUUCCAAUUUUUAAUCCGGUCCCAGUCCAAAUAGCCACCCCUAGACCCAACAACUAUCAAACCGAAAAAUUCGCUUAGACCGCGGGGACGCUUCUUGGUCAUCCAUAAUAACAUGCGGUGAUCAGAUCCAAUGUUAGUCAAAUGAUGAAUAAUGGGGUCGGGUAAAACGUUUAGGGUCGUGCCCGAGAAAAUAAAUCUAUCCAAACGAGAUUCAUUAAACCGGUCACCUUGGCCAUAAAUUUUUUUUUUUUUUGUAACACCUUGACCAUAAUUUAAAGGGUUAAUAUCAUUAUGUACCCCUCUACUAUCGCAAAUUAACAAAUGUACCACUCUACUAAAUUUUUGCACAAACAUACCCUCAUAACUUAAUAUUAACUCAUAUUAUCAAUUUUUAUCAAAAUUCAAUUAAAUAUGAAAACAUGCCACUCUCUGAAGAUGGCGGCCUGAGCUACGCAGAAGGCGAUGGAGAUGCGUCCGAUGAGGAUGUUAACUCAUAACUAAUCUACCCUUCCGUCUAAUUAUCUGUUAAAUUAUCUGUUAAAUGAAUGUUAAACCCAAAUACCCCCUAACUUAAUAUUAACUCAUAUUAUCAAUUUUUAUCAAAAUUCAAUUAAAUAUGAAAACAUGCCACUCUCUGAUGAUGGCGGCCUGAGCUACGCGGAAGGCGAUGGGGAUGCGGCCGAUGAGGAUGUCGUGAAAGUAGAUUCUGAAGUGGCUCAAUUUCCCCUUCCCGAGUUUCAGCGGGCGCAGGGUUCGGGAGAAUCGGCGGCCGGCGUGAGCGAGGGAAAUGGCGAGGGGGAGAGAGAGAGAGAACUCAAGAUCGAUCGACGUCCAACGAAAGCUGCGAGCGGUAACCUACAAAAGGCAUACCUCCGAAUCGAAUCCAGUGGGAGAGAAGACAUCCUGGUCGAUCUAUUGUGACUAUUACUUCUGAACCCCUAUUCACCAUAAUAGUUUUGGUUUUUAACAUCUUAUUAAAACAUAACCCAUUCGAAACUGGGGGAUGGAGUUGUGUACAAAAAUAUGCAGAGCCCUCUACUCUAAUUGAAACAUGGGUUGAAGCUUUACGAAAUUAGAAGAGAAGGCAUACUUUUGGUGGACAUGGAUUCCGACUAGCGAGGGACCGGAGAAGAGAUUAAGUGAAGAUAUUCGGAUCAACAGCGAAGGCUUUCUUUAUGGAGCAUAAAAUGGUGGUGCUAUUAUCAUCGCCGUCUCACCCAGUGCCGCCUGCUUCCAUCGUCGGGGAGGAAGUAUUGAGUUCCGCCGCCGCUGAUUGUGCGCCGAUGGGGGUUUCGGUGGAGUUGGGUGAAUGAGGUAGACGAAAGAGGGGGUCAAUUAGGGUGCAUUUUAAUAUAAUAUUUAAUUGGCUUUUGAUAAAAUUAAUUAAUUUAGGGGGUAUUUGGGUCAUUUCCAGUCUAUUUAACAGUAAUAUAACAGAUAAUUAGACGGAAGGGUAGAUUAGUUACGUUUCAAUAUUAUGAGAGUAUAUUUGUGUAAAAGUUUAGUAGAUUGGUACGUUUGUUAAUUUAUGAUAAUAAAUGGGUACAAAAUGAUAUUAAUCCUAAUUUAAAGUAAAUUGUUGUUAAAAUAAAAGUUGAAUAAGAUAAUACAGUCAAUCACUAUAAUGAUCACAUUCACCAACAAAUCCGCACCGAUCCCCCAGCUAAGCUGGACCGGUGUUGAUGGAUUUAGAUUUGCGUUGGGGGUUAUUGGUUCGUGGGCCGAGUUUGCGCUGGUUGGGACUUUGUGGUGGAGUCGAUUUGGGCCAAAGACAAGUAUAAUGAUGUAACAAGUAGGGAUGGCAAUGGGUCGGGUUGGGGCGGGUUUUGUCAAACCCAAAUUCAUGGGUUUAUCCGCAAAAAAAAAAAUUUACAAUAACAUGUUUCUUUCAAAAUAAAAGUUUAACAUCAAUUUUCUCAUACAAAUUAUUCAUACAAAAAACACCAAUCUAGAGCAUACGAGCAAACCGCAAAUGAUCAAAUGCAAAUUGUUCAAAAUUAAAGAUAAACAUCUAUAAACAAUAAGAUUAAUUGAAAGCUUCUUCCUCGUCAACUAUGUUUCUUCACUCUCUCCAUUUCAUAAUAUCAACUUCAUUCUAAACAAUUAGAAAGAACAAAUUAUACAUAUUUCCACAAACAUAAAGAAUAUUAGUUGUUUAAGGAAGAUAUAUUAUUUAGAAUAUUAAAUAUACCGGGAAAGUAAUUAUAUGAGUGUGUGCGGGUACCCAUGUGGCGGGUUUACCUAAACCCAAACCCAACCCGACCCGGUGAAUAGUGUAGCGAGUUUAAACCCGAACCCGGCCCAAAACCCGUCAACGUGGGUUUUACCCGGGUUGGGUCGGGUGGGUACCCGUGGGUUCGGGUUUUGUUGCCAUCCCUAGUAACAAGUCUAAAUAUAGGCAUUUUGAACUACAAAUUGAAUUUGUAGUAUAGUUUUGCAGAUACAAGUUCAAUUUAUGUUAUAGAAAAUUUUUUGUUGGAAAAUGUAUAAAUAAAAAUUGAAUUUGUAC